AUGGUACGUAAUCGGGAUGGGCAAACUAUUCACGCUCAAGCAGAAUCUAGAGAUGGGCGUAUUAGAGCCCAUGGACACUGUUCACGUGAUGCACCUGCUGCUGGACAUGGCCUUUGUUCACUAGAUGCAGCCCCUGCUGCUGGACUCUGUUCACAUGAUGCAGCACCUGCACUUAGUCACAUAAAUACUCCACAUGAUCUCAACACAAAGCAUGGAGAAGAUAAGGAUAAUGAAGCUAGAGAUAUCUCAAAUAAUACAUCGGCUAAUUUUCACACCUUUCAUGAAUGGGUUAACCCCUUGGAUAACUCUUCAAUCUCCCAGCAGGAACAAUCUCAAAUACCAUCAAGGGGGAGUACCUUAAAUUCUCUGGAAGAUCCCAAUACAGCUCCUCUGUCAUUUCCAUCUGCUGGUGCAUGUUUACAACCUCCUACAUCCUCAUCAGCUGGUCGAAUAUUGGAGUCCUCGUCAUCACUACCACCUGAAGUAUCAACUGAGCCAGCUUUACCAGUGUCGUCUCCCUCUUCGGAAUCCCCUGUAUUGCCUCAUUCAUCAUCACCUUGUUCGGUGGACAUCGUCAACUCUGGCAUAUCUUCACCAAGUUCACCACAUAGCAUUCCAGGUUCGCCUACUGCUGCAACACCAUCUGGACAGUUAUAUGUAGACCUUGCACCUGCUGCUGGACAUGGACACUAUUCACUUGAUGCAACCCCUGCUGCUGGACUCUGUUCACAUGAUGCAGCACUUGCUGCACUUAGUCACAUAAAUACUUCACAUGAUCUCAACACAAAGCAUGGAAAAGAUAAGGAUAAUGAUGCUAGAGAUAUCUCAAGUGAUAAAGACAAGGACUAA